GUUCAAAAAGGUUUGAGUGAAUAUCUGGAGACGAAGAGGAGCGCCUUCCCUCGUUUCUUCUUUCUGUCAGAUGACGAACUUUUGGAAAUACUUUCCCAAACCAAGGAUCCCACAGCCGUACAACCUCAUCUCAGAAAAUGCUUUGAAAAUAUCGCCAGGGUGAGUGUAGGCUCCUUUAUUACAAUUGUAUUUUUCAAGUUGUUGUAUAGACCCAUUGCACCUGACGUCACAGCGCCAGUGACGAUGCAUCUGGAGGACAAAUUAGCAAUCUAUGCAUAAUAUAGCUUUUGUAAACAAAGCAAAUUUUUUAAAAGUUUAUAAUAAUUUUGUGUUAAAAUGGUUAAUUUUUGUGCUGUAUGUGGUUGUUGUGUGCGAACAGAUAUUGUUAGGGAGCAUCUGGAGGACACUCUAAGGAUUUGUGACGUCAGUGCAAUGGGUCUAUACUUAUGACUCCGUAGCUUUCUAAUUCAACAACAUCUCUCUGUUUCAAUUUUAUAAAUUUAUUUUCUAUUUCACUAUCUCUCUAUUUCAAUUGUAUUUAUUUAUAUUCUAUUUCAAAUAGAAGACAAUUGCAUAAUAAUAAAAAGAAGUCACAUUAUUUUCUCCUUCUGAUAAGGGAGGGGUCAUUAUUUAUGGAGGGGUAGCACCGAAGAGAAAAGGGUUGGGUAAACAAAAUGUUGAGUGAGUAAAAGGUUGGGUAAAUGAAAAACAAAACAACUCAAGGGUUGGGUAAUAAAAAUUUCUUGUCAUUUACAAAGCAUGACUCGCUCAAAUAUUGAAGACUAAAAAGCACUGUCAUCAGUCGUAUGUCAAUACAAUAUGUGAAUCAAUCAGAGUCACUAUCUUGAUCAUUUUCUGAUUUGUCAGGAGGCAAAUGGUGUCUCCAAAGAAAGUACAUGUGCAGACAACAUGAAACUUUAGACUGCAGAAAAUUGCACAAGCAGUUAUCAAACUCAUGUCACAGAAGUGGUAAAGGACAUGUGUAACAACUGAAUGGUAUCCUUAUGUAAAAUUUUUGGCCAGGGGUGGGUAUUAUUUUGUGGCUGAUUUUGAGGUUGGGUCAAAAAAUUUUUUGACUUUUUAAUGGUUGGAUCAGCAACAUUUUUGCCAAGAAAAACUGCAUUUCUCUUCGUUGCCAGCCCCCGCCAUAAAUAAUGACCGCUCCCUAACUACAGGUUAGAACAGCAUCAUACUAUAACGCUAGUAAACUUGGCUGUUUUAAAAUUUUAUAUUUCAGCUUCAAUUUGAAGACGAUCUUCGUAUCUCGAGGAUGUUUUCUUCCGAUGGUGAAGGGGUUCCUUUCUCCGAGGAGAUGUAUCCCCGGGGUAAUGUGGAGGACUGGUUACUAGAGGUGGAGAGAGUCAUGCAAGCUAGCUUGAAGAGCAUCCUUCAUCGGGCUAUUGUUGCCUACGAACAGGUAAGACAUUGGUGUUGA